UCUCCACUUCACAACUCAAAACAACAAGACAUCCUCAGCUCAAUCGAACCCACCAGUGGACGUUUACUCAAAACUCAACUGUCGUUAAAAUCAAAUGGUCAAACAGUCCCCUGACCCAAAACCUGCUGGCACCACUGAGUCGACCGGCUCGGCGUCGUCCUCGCCCUCGUCGUGCAAGUACAAGGGGGUGAGGAAGCGCAAGUGGGGGAAGUGGGUGUCCGAGAUCCGCCUCCCCAACAGCAGGGAACGCAUCUGGCUCGGGUCCUACGACUCUGCUGAGAAGGCCGCCCGGGCAUUCGACGCCGCCCUCUUCUGCCUCCGUGGCCGCUCUGCUCGCUUCAACUUCCCCGACAACCCCCCGGACAUCGCCGGCGCCCGCUCCCUCUCGCACGCCGAGAUCCAGGCCGCCGCCGCCCGUUUCGCCAACUCCACCAUGCAUUCCUCCUCCUCGUCAAAUGCUCUAACGCAGACACACUCCGAGGACUCCGACCGGUCCACAUCCCCCUCGCCCUCCGUGUCGGACGGGACCAUGCAGAUGGACAGCGACUUGAGCUUGGAUGCGCUAAACGGUUCAUGUUGGGACCUACAAACCAAUAAUAACAACAGCAACAAUAAUACUACUAACUCCAUGGAACUGGAUAAUUAUUACCCAUCCGAAUAUGGGAUUUUUCAGGGAUUCGAUGACCUCUCCAAUGAUUUCUACGUGCCAACUAUGGAUCCGUCAGAUCAUGGGGAGGAGAAUUAUGACGGGGUCGUAGCACAAGAGCCAUUUCUAUGGAAUUUCUAAGCAAGUAAAAUACGCAAAUUACUUGUUCUUUUAAUUGUUAACUAAUUUUAAUCGGGGUCAAAAAUCAGGAUUCUGGGCAAAAUUUUUUUU